GGAAGAAGGGGGGGGCGGAACUUCCGGGUCCUGCUCGGAAAUGACCUCAGAGUGUCAACAUGCAAGAUGGCGGCGCAUCACCGACAGAACACAGCGGGGCGGCGGAAAGUGCAGGUCUCCUAUGUGAUUAGAGAUGAGGUGGAGAAGUACAAUCGAAAUGGGGUGAAUGCACUCCAGCUUGAUCCAGCAUUAAACAGACUCUUCACAGCAGGCCGAGACUCUAUUAUAAGGAUAUGGAGCGUCAAUCAGCACAAGCAAGAUCCUUAUAUAGCAUCUAUGGAACAUCACACAGAUUGGGUAAACGAUAUUGUACUCUGUUGCAAUGGUAAAACAUUGAUAUCUGCAUCUUCUGAUACUACUGUUAAAGUGUGGAAUGCACACAAGGGAUUUUGUAUGUCAACACUUAGGACACACAAGGAUUAUGUGAAAGCCUUAGCAUAUGCAAAAGAUAAAGAACUGGUAGCAUCUGCCGGGCUGGACAGACAAAUAUUUCUCUGGGACGUAAAUACUCUAACAGCACUGACUGCCUCAAACAACACUGUCACAACUUCUUCCCUGAGUGGGAACAAAGACUCUAUCUACAGUCUUGCAAUGAAUCAGAUGGGAACAGUAAUUGUAUCAGGGUCCACUGAAAAGGUUUUAAGGGUUUGGGAUCCAAGGACUUGUGCAAAGCUAAUGAAACUUAAAGGGCACACAGACAACGUAAAAGCAUUGUUGUUGAAUAGAGAUGGCACACAGUGUCUUUCAGGCAGUUCUGAUGGAACUAUUCGUCUGUGGUCCCUUGGGCAGCAGAGGUGUAUAGCCACAUAUCGAGUCCAUGAUGAAGGUGUUUGGGCCCUGCAGGUUAAUGAAGCCUUCACUCAUGUUUAUUCAGGAGGAAGAGACAGGAAGAUUUAUUGUACAGAUCUACGAAAUCCUGAUAUCCGUGUGCUCAUCUGUGAAGAAAAAGCCCCAGUUCUUAAGAUGGAACUUGAUAGAUCAGCUGAUCCUCCACCAGCCCUUUGGGUUGCAACAACCAAAUCUUCUGUGAAUAAGUGGACUUUGAAGGGAAUUCAUAACUUUAGAGCCUCUGGAGAUUAUGAUAAUGAUUGUACAAAUCCUAUAACUCCCCUGUGUACACAGCCUGACCAAGUUAUAAAAGGAGGUGCUAGUAUUAUUCAGUGCAACAUUCUUAAUGACAAGAGACAUAUAUUAACCAAAGAUACAAAUAAUAAUGUGGCAUACUGGGAUGUUUUGAAGGCAUGUAAAGUUGAAGACCUUGGGAAAGUUGACUUUGAAGAAGAAAUUAAAAAAAGAUUUAAAAUGGUGUAUGUGCCAAACUGGUUCUCAGUAGACUUAAAAACUGGGAUGUUGACAAUUACUUUAGAUGAGAGUGACUGCUUUGCAGCUUGGGUGUCGGCAAAAGAUGCUGGAUUUACCAGUCCAGAUGGAUCUGACCCAAAAUUGAACCUUGGAGGACUUUUACUACAAGCACUUCUAGAAUAUUGGCCUAGAACACACAUCAAUCCAAUGGAUGAAGAGGAAAAUGAAAUAAAUCAUGUGAAUGGUGAGCAAGAGAAUAGAGUACAGAAGGGAAACGGAUACUUUCAGGUGCCACCACAUACGCCAGUUAUUUUUGGUGAAGCUGGAGGACGCACUUUGUUCAGGUUAUUAUGUCGGGAUUCAGGUGGUGAAACUGAAUCUAUGCUCCUUAAUGAAACCGUGCCACAAUGGGUAAUUGACAUCACCGUGGAUAAAAAUAUGCCUAAAUUCAAUAAGAUCCCUUUCUACCUCCAACCUCAUUCAUCUUCAGGGGCAAAGACGUUGAAAAAAGACAGAUUAUCAGCUAGUGACAUGCUACAGGUCAGAAAAGUAAUGGAACAUGUUUAUGAGAAAAUCAUAAAUCUGGAUAAUGAAUCUCAGACGACAAGCUCCUCCAAUAAUGAAAAAGCUGGAGAACAAGAAAAAGAGGAGGACAUUGCUGUGUUAGCGGAAGAGAAAAUUGAACUCUUGUGCCAGGACCAGGUUUUGGAUCCAAACAUGGACCUUCGAACUGUAAAGCAUUUCAUAUGGAAGAGUGGUGGAGAUCUGACACUUCAUUACCGCCAGAAAUCAACGUGAAAGAAGUGAUGGACCCAAAUGGUUAUUCAUUUACUUGACCUUACUGUACUGGUUCCAAGAGUAGUACUAUAGAAGCCCACUGAACCCCUAAGGUAGAUGAGACUUCUAAUGACUCAGUAUGGACAGAAAGUAUACAUUUAAUUGAAGUGACUAAUAGAGCUGUAAUAUAGAGGAAAAAAAUCUAUAUGAUUUUAAACUAAAGUCUGUCCUAAUCAAGGCCUGGUGAGAGAGUUGGGAAGUCCCUGAGUGGUUCAUGUUAUGUAAAGUGUACAGAGAACAGAUGAUGAUCCAGUGCAGACUUUUGCUUCCCCUUUUUUUUCUUUUGUUUCUUCCAGAACAUUAUUUUCAUUUGCUCACGCUUAAUAUGAAACACCGUUUUGGCCAUAUUAGUCACUGUGUUCACAACGUAAUUCAAAACUGCAUGCACUGUAUUUUUUGAGUACAUUCCAUUCAUCUGGUAUCUAUAUUGAUUUUUUUCAUAGGUUAUUCAUAAAAAAAUUACCAUGUAGAAGAAUAAGAAUAAAAUUAUUACACACUUGAAAAGAAGCAGCCCAUUUCAUUGCAAGUGAAGGCUUAACGUGAGACUUGUUUACUAUGGCGGAUCAAACAUGUUGUAGAGAGAGAGAGAGACAUGCAGAGUAAGAACACUAGACAAAUAUUGUAGCAGGAUGAGUCCAGUGAUGCUGUGCAUCAUAAUACAAUAAACUUGUUUUGCAACAACAUAAGAUUUUUUUUUUUUUUUUUUUUAAAAGACAAUAUGUAACUAUUUCCUGCACUGUGUCCAAACUGUUCUGAAGACAAGCUUGUUGGAAUUCCCAGUACCUGUGUUCUAAACUUGACAUGUUAAAACUGCAGAUCAUUCUGAAAAAUUGAAUUUUUGUUACUAUCAGACUAUAGAUACUUCACAGCAAACUUCAUAUCCAUGAUAUAAAAGUACUUGUAUUCUUUUUUCCAAUGUUUUAUAUGCUGUUUUUGUUAUAGCUGUAUGCAGAUCUUCUUUUCACUGUUGUUACUAAAAAGUUAAGGCUUUCAUGAACUCAUAGUGGUCUUGUAAAAAGUUUAACUUAUUGGGGAGUGGGGAGAAUUUCAACUUGUGGCAAGAAAAUUUGGGGCUGUCCCUCCAAAAAAUAAAACUUUGUAGCCAGAGAAAAUUAAUAAUCCUCACACAGAAAUUGUGUACAAUAACUCUUGUCUGAAACAGAAGCACAAGUGCCUUCAAAGGGCAGUCUAUGAUUCUUUUUUUUUUCCCUGGAGAUGUGCUCUUGCCCUUCCUGUAUUUUUGCUAUCAGGAGCUAGGUUAGAGCAUUAAGAAAGUCCCAGGUUCAUUACAUUACUGGGAUCCAAUUAAAAAUAAAAGAUUGUUUUCAUCAACA